GAGAGGAGGGGGGUGAUUGGCUGAUUGAAUAUCUACAAGUUGGCAACCUUUGUACACUGCUCAUCAAAGGGAGGAUUGCUCCGCGUUGUCACAGUUUUGCGCACUUGCUCUCCAUUGCCGUGAUCUUGCCCCUUGGCACAGGGAAGUCCACCUCGCUUUCUUCUGCCUCCCAAAGAUCUUGGGUUCAUCCUAUGGUUGAUGGGAGAUUCAGGUGGAAGGACUCCACAGGCGACACAGAUCUGACUUGGGGAACACACCUGGCCACUGGGUUAGAUGGCUUUUAUUUAAAAAAGAGGUUAGGCAAAUCCGUGGCAGAGGAGAAGUCCGGCGCAGGCUGCUAGCCAUGAUGGCUCUAUGGUGGAACCUCCAUCAGCAGAGGCAGUAUCGCUCUGAAUACCAGAUGCUGGGGAGUGAUGAAAUGGGCUUCAAAUGGAAUGAAUGGUUCCUCCGCGCAGCCCUGCUGGUCCUGGUCAUCUUCUCGCUCAUAGCCCUGAUUCUCAGCCUGGUGGGAAUCCACAAUGUCUCACUACCCCCCGGAAACAAGUAUGGACUGGUAUUCGAUGCCGGCUCAUCCCACACCUCCCUCUUCGUCUACCAGUGGCCAACGGACAAAGAGAACAACACCGGCGUGGUCAGCCAAACCUUCUCCUGCUAUGUCAAUGGGUCCGGGAUAUCAAGUUAUGCCAGCAACCCUCCAGAAGCAGGAGCCUCCCUUCGGGAAUGCCUGAAUGAAGCCAUGGCUGUGAUACCCUCAGAAAGGCAGCGGGAGACUCCAGCUUAUUUGGGAGCCACCGCUGGCAUGAGGCUACUGAGAAUACAGAAUGCAUCUGCAUCACAACAGGUACUGGAAGAAGUUGGCAAGACCAUCCAACAAUAUCCUGUGAGCUUUCAAGGGGCUCGGAUCAUCACCGGAGAGGACGAAGGUGCUUACGGCUGGAUCACCAUCAACUAUCUGCUGAAUUCUUUCACCCAGUAUUCUGCAAAGGACCAAGACUGGAUUCAUCCCACAUCAGCCAAUAUCUUGGGGGCUUUAGAUCUUGGAGGAGCAUCAACCCAGAUUAGUUUUGCCCCUGCCGGCCACAUCACUGACCCAGCCGAAGCCAUCCAGUUCCGACUGUACGGGUUUGACUACACCAUCUAUACCCACAGCUACCUGUGCUAUGGUCAAAACGAAGCCCUCACUCAAGUCAUCCGGAUUAUUGUUAAUUCAAGCACCUCGACUGAAGUCAACCACCCCUGCUACCCCAAAGGCUACAACAGUUCAGUCACAACCCCACCCCUCUUUAACAGUCCAUGUGCCAAGCAAUGGGGGGUGCCCAUGGUCCGGAAGAAUGUGACUUUGGUGGGCACAGGCAAUGCCACCCUUUGCCGGGAAACCAUCAAGAAGAUCUUCAACUUCUCACACUGCAGCCAUAACCAGUCUUGCAGUUUCAACGGUGUCUACCAGCCAAAGGUCAAUGGGAAAUUCCUGGCUUUUUCUGCCUAUUAUUACACCUUCAGCUUCCUGAAUUUGACUGAGACGCAUCCGCUAGCCACUGUAGAAGCUGCAAUUCAGGCUUUCUGUGCCAGAAAAUGGGACGAAUUGAAAGCCAGUUACCCCAAGCAAAGGACAGACCGCCUGAGGAAUUACUGUGCCAGUGCUAACUACAUCCUCACCCUCCUCUUGGAUGGCUAUGGCUUCAGCAACACGACCUGGGAAAAUAUUGCCUUCCGGAUGCAGGCCGCUAACUCCGACAUUGGCUGGACGCUGGGCUACAUGCUCAACCUCACCAACAUGAUCCCAUCGGAGGCUCCCCAGUUGCUGAGAGGACAUGAGGAAGGGACGUGGGUGGCAAGCAUCUUCUUCAUCGUGGCCACCCUGGCACUUUCCCUCAUCUUGCUUGUGAUAUAUUUCCUACGGUGAAAAAGGGGCAUGGCAAGACUCAAGGACCACUCUUGGGCAUGGCAAGACUCAAGGACCACUCUUGGGCAUGGACAUCAGCCUUGCCAGCUCCUCUCUCAUUUCACCAGCCAUUGGAAGAAGAACAGAGAUACUCCUUUGUGCAGGAGACACCGUGGCUGGGUUUUUGAAUAUUUGGUCCCAACAGGUUGGGCAUCACUGGUUAGUUACCCCAUGGUCCUCAAUCCUUUUGCACUUCACAGAGAAAAAAAAAUUGUUGUUCCUAGCUCUUUUCUCUGCCGUGGAGGAUGCAAAAUGGAGAAGGGGAGGAUGACGUACUAGUUCAAACCUUGCCUCCACCACAAACCCGUCUUCGGAAAGUUGGUCUCUCUCUUAUCUCAGUUACCCACCUAAACAAUUGGGAUUAUAUUAUUGACCUACCUUAGAGGGUUGUUAUAAAGAGCAUUGAAGAUAAGGAAUAGAAACGCGUUGAGCCCUAGAUGUUCUUAUUAAGGUAAUGUAAGUAAUAAGACGUUGUUAUUAAUAUUAUUCUCAUCUGUAGAGGCCCUCUGAAAAGGGGUGUUUUCCCCACAUGAACAUGAUCAUUUACACAUUGUUUCUUAGUUGCUAUAGGCAUCUACCUAUGUAGGUGUGCACUUGUAAUAAUGCCAUGCUGGUCAGUGGUGUUCAUGCAAGCAGCUUAUAGGAGUGACUAUGUGCUCCAGAGACAACAGAACAAGAGUCACAGUAAAGUGAGAGGUUUGCAAAGUCAAAGCACUAACACUUAGCAGGGAUGGUGAUGUUGUGAUCAUGAUCUACACUGUGUAACUUUAAGAGUCCUUAGCUAUGUUGCAGCAUGCAACACAAACCUGUGCAACACAAAUGUUUCUCAGAGCUCAGGCAAAAGUGAUCCAAUGUGUAUUAUAUGUAUCUUUGGACUCUGUGUAUGAACGUAACUAUUAGCACGGUCGUGAUGAAACCCUACAGUGCGAAACUUACCAUGGCAUCACAGACCAGGCCUUCAGUUUAAGAGGAUUCUUUUUGUGUGUGAAUUAGUGCCAUACACCAUCCUGGAAAACAAAAUUGUUGCCCCAUCAGGAAACCAAUAGCUCAUUUUGCAGACAUCUGCCACUAAUAAAAAGUUGUCAGUAUCUGAAUUUUUGAAAUCUGGAAGAGUGUGGGAUGAGUAUAUUUAUGAAACUGUAUGUUAUAUGUGUGUAUACAUAACUGUGUGUGCAAUAUUAUGUAUGUUGUGUGUGAGGAGACUAUUGGAGCCAUGGCUGCAUUGCAAAGGAGUCUGGAGGCUCCAAGGGACUCAUUCCUGGCUCUCCGGCGCCCUCCGGUGACUGCAUUCAAGCACAUUUCCCAAUGCUAGCCUCAGGAGGGCGCCCGAGAGCCAUGCAGCAAUGGCUCUUCUUUAGCCGGCUAAGGUCUUAGCCGGCUGCUCUUUGGCUAUGCAGCCACAAGAGGGCGCCUGAGAGAGAGAGAGAGAGAGAGGAACGGGAGCCUCAAGGGGAGAAGCCGCCCUUUCUGCUGCCAUAAGAGGGCGCUCCAGAGCAACAGGGAAAGGGGUGGCGCCUUUAGCCAGUGCAGGGACUGAAUUUGGGACUACAAUUCCCAUCACCCCCAACCAACCCACAUGCCCAUGGCCCUGGAGGAGGGCUCAAGCAUUCUGGGAAUUUCCAGAAAGGAGCUUGAGGGGGCCAAGGGUGCUGCAGACAGACCUCCCCCAACCUCUGCAUGGUCAGGGGAUGAUGGGAAGUGUCCUCCUCCAACCCCCUCCCCACAUGCUAUGCCUUGACCCCACGUCUCUUGCAGACUUUGUAUUUAUUAUACACGGACUAUUGAUUGUUGGCAAAUCUACUAUUGACUAUAUAUGCAUUUAUGCAUUUAUUUCCCAACUCUAUUGCCUGUUUACCAGUCUUGUGCAUCUCAUAUAUAUAUAUCUGUACCACUGGAUAAUAUCUUCCAGUUUGGCAACAGCAGGGACCAUCCAACUUAAUUCUCUGCUGUCCCACUUUUUCAGUGGCUUUUAAAAUUCCCCCGUUCCUCUCUCCACCUCCCACUUCUAACUUCUGUUGUCAGCUUACUUCUGUUGUAAUAAACCGAAUAAAAAGAAA